AUGGAUCCAAACUUGUUUGGAGGAGCCCCCAGGUUUCUCACUCGUCCAAAGGCGUUUGCGGUGUGUGUGGGCAAAGAUGCCACACUCAGCUGCACUAUUGUGGGCACUCCAACCCCGCUGAUCACUUGGGAGAAGGAAAAGCUGAAGCUGACAUCUGGGGGCCGCUUCAAGACCGUGGAGGAUGGAGAUGUGUACCGCUUGACCAUCUAUGACUUAACACUGGAGGAUAGUGGACAGUACAUGUGCCGGGCCAAGAACAGUGUUGGGGAAGCUUAUGCUGCUGUAACCCUAAAAGUGGCGCUGCCAACAGAGAUGGCUCAGAGGGCCCCCGUUUUCUUGGUGAAGCCUACAUCUGCACGUGUAGGUUUGGGAGGCGAUGUUGUUUUCCACUGCCGGGUUGUAGCUUACCCUGAGGCCAACUUUGACUGGGAAAAGGAUGGGCGCUACCUGGGGGAGACAAACCGCAUCAAGAUUGUUUCUGACAGCGACAGCAGCACCUUAAAGAUCCAAAGUGUGCGUAACCUGGACAGCGGUACCUACACCUGCAGGGCUCAGAACACUGUUGGCCGAGCACACACUGCAGCAGCUCUUGUCGUAGAUGCGCAGGACUCCCGCCACCUGACUGCAGAUAAGAACACCUCCCUCCUCUCUCACUUACAAAAGCGCAAAGAGGAAAUGAAGAAGGACAUUUCCAUCUAUCGCACUGAAGAAAGCUCCUCACUGCCCAAAGGUGUGUUCACCCGUACCUGCACUGUGACUGAGGGCAAACACGCCAAACUCAGCUGCCUUGUGACGGGUCACCCUAAACCCCACAUUAUUUGGAGAAGGGAUGGAUCGAACAUCAGUGAGGGCCGUAGGCAUAUCAUUUAUGAGGACCAGGCUGAGAACUUCAUCCUCAAGAUCCUGUUCUGCAAGCAGAGUGAUAAUGGUCUCUACACCUGCAAUGCAACCAAUAUGGCCGGGCAGACCUACAGUGCUGUAUUGGUAACAGUCAAAGAGCCGAACGUGCCGUUCAGGAGGAAGCUGCAGGAUGUGGAGGUCCAAGAGAAAACGGCGGCCACAUUGAUGUGUGAGGUGCCUCUCAGUGCCACCCAUGCCAACUGGUUCAUGGAGGAAACAAGGCUGGAGCAAAGCACCAAAUAUCGCAUGGAGGAGGAGGGCACCCUGCGACGUCUCACCAUUCACAAUGUCACCACAAACGAUGAUGGUGUUUACAUCUGUGAGAUGAAAGAGGGCAGUCGCACUGUGGCUGAGCUCACUGUCCUGGGCAACAUUACCAAGAAGCUUCCACGGAGGACAGUAGUUCCUGUCAGUGACACUGUCAUCUUCUGUGUGGAGCUGGAGCAUCCCUGCCCAGAUGUCUAUUGGACCCGCAAUGGGGAGAAGCUGAAGGAAGAUUCCCGUAUUUCCAUUGCCUGCGUGCUAAGACAGUACACACUCACCAUUAGAGAUUGCCAGGCAGAUGACUCAGGAGAAGUGGCCUUUGUGGCUGGAGACUGCAAGACCUCCACUCGAUUCUCUGUCACUGCUGCAAGGAAGCAUCCUCCUGAUCCCCCAGUCGAUGCUGUGGUGCAGAACAAGACUGACUCAUCCAUCACCAUUCAGUGGUCUCCUCCUGACAGCGAUCGCCCUGUGCCCAUCAAGGGUUACCAUGUGGAGAGGAGGAAGGUUGGCAGUCAGACAUGGCAGAGGUGCAAUGCUGGAGAAACCAUUGUUUCAACAGAGAUUACCAUCAGAAACUUCACUGAAGAAGCCAGCUACCAGUUCCGUAUCUCUGCUACGAAUGACUUUGGCCAGAGUCCCUACCUGGAGGUGCCUGGAAGCUUCUACCUUGAGCCCACUGCAGAAAUCAGGAAAGGCCUGAUGAACAGCAGUGCAAUAUCUGGCGAGGAGUUCUCUCUCUCUCUGGAGCUUUCUGCUGUUUGUUCUGGCUUCUGGUCUCUGAGUGGACGCCUCCUCCGCAGUGGAGCUGACUACCUCAUCACCAGGUCCAAGAACACACACACACUGCUCAUCCGUGUCGUGACCAUGGAAAUGAACGGAGCUGAAGUCAAGUUUGUGGGCGGAGGCUCACAAAGCAGUUGCAUCCUAUCUGUGAAGGUCCCCGCUGUUAGGUUCACUAACAAGUCAGGUCAGAUGGAGAUGAUGACCUGCAGUGCCCAAGCCAGUGCUCAGCUGACUGCUGAGGUGUCGGAUUACGAUGCACAGGUGGUUUGGAUGAAGAAUGGGCGGGAGGUGAAAAUGGGCAAGAAGUAUGAAUAUGUCAACACUGACCGCAAGAGGAUCCUGAUGGUACACAAUGUUACAGAGGAAGAUGUGGGCAUCUACGAGUGUGUUUUAGCUGAUGACAAGAUGUCCCUGCAACUCACUCUUAAAGAUGAACCUGCCAAGUUUCUGAACAAGGCCAGAGGUCCCAUGGGACUAUCAUCGUCCCUUAAAGGAGAUCUUGAGCUCAGCUGUGAGGUAUCCCUAGCUAGCGCGGCUGUUGUGUGGAGAAAAGAUCAGGUUGAGAUCACUGAGGACCAAAGAACUAACAUCAUCUCCAAAGGGACUCAAAGGAAACUAGUCAUCAAGAAUGCCAAGAAAAGUGAUGAAGGACAUUACUCCUGUGAGACGGCAGCAGACAAAGUCACAUUCCAUGUCAAGAUAAAAGAAAGUCAAACUCAAGCCCAAGCUGCCUUCUCUAACAAGGAGUCAGUCCAGAAGGAGGUGAAAGCCUCUCUGUCCCAGAAAGCAACUCUUAGUUGUAAUGUGUCUGAUAGCAAGACAGAGGUGAAAUGGUAUAAAGAUGGCAAGCUGUUGGUAUCCAGUAGGACCAUAUACUCAGAAGCAAAAGGCAGUUCUCGCCAGCUGGUGAUUGAAAAGGUGGAGAAGAGUGAUGCUGGAGAAUAUACUUGUGAAGCUGGAGGGGAUAAGCUGGUCUUCAAGAUAUCUGUGUCAGAGGCCCUGUCAGCUUUCUUCAACAAGGAGUCAGUCCAGAAGGAGGUGAAAGCCACUCUCUCCCAGAAAGCCAUUUUAAGCUGUGAGGUAGCUGAUACCAAGACAGAGGUGAAAUGGUACAAGGAUGGCAAACUGUUGACUUCCAGUAAGACAAUCCAUGCAGAGUCAAAGGCCAAGAGUCGGCAGCUGGUGAUAGACAGCGUGGAGAAGAGGGAUGCUGGAGAGUACAUCUGUGAGGCUGGGACUGAGAAGUUGGCCUUUAAGAUACAGGUGGCAGAGCCCCAGUCAGCUUUCUUCAACAAGGAGUCAGUUCAAAGGGAGGUGAAAGCUACUCUCUCCCAGAAAGCCACUCUGAGCUGUGAGGUUUCUGAUUCUAAGACUGAGGUGAAAUGGUACAAGGAUGGCAAGCUGCUGACUUCAAGCAAGACAAUCCAUGCAGAGUCGAAGGGCAAAAGUCGCCAGCUGGUGAUUGACAUUCUGGAGAAGGAGGAUGCCGGAGAGUACAUCUGUGAGGCUGGGUCUGAGAAGUUGGUCUUUAAACUCCAUGUGGCAGACACACAUGUCCAGUCUGCAUUCUCUAAUAAGGAGUCAGUCCAGAAGGAUGUGAAAGCCACUCUCUCCCAGAAAGCCACUCUGAGCUGUGAGGUAGCUGAUACCAAGACAGAGGUGAAAUGGUUCAAGGAUGGCAAGCUGCUGACUUCCAGCAAGACAAUCCAUGCAGAGUCAAAGGCCAAGAGUCGCCAGCUGGUGAUCGACAGCGUUGAGAAGAAGGAUGCUGGAGAGUACAUCUGUGAGGCUGGGACUGAGAAGUUGACCUUUAAAGUACAUGUGGAAGAAAUCCGGGCUAAAUCUGCUUUCCUCAACAAGGAGUCAGUCCAGAAGGAAGUGAAAGCCACUCUCUCCCAGAAAGCCACUCUGAGCUGUGAGGUAGUUGAUACCAAGACAGAGGUGAAAUGGUACAAAGAUGGCAAGCUGCUGAGUCCCAGCAGAACAGUUCACUCGGAAUCAAAGGGCAAAACUCGUCAACUGGUGAUGGACAGCAUAGAGAAGAAAGAUGCAGGGGAGUACAUCUGUGAAGUCGGAACAGAAAAACUGGCAUUUAAAGUACUAGUGACAGAGAUUCAGCUGAAGUCGGCCUUCUCUAACAAGGAGUCUAUCCAAAAGGAGGUGAAAGCCACUCUCUCCCAGAAAGCCAUUUUAAGCUGUGAGGUAGCUGAUACCAAGACAGAGGUGAAAUGGUACAAGGAUGGCAAACUGUUGACUUCCAGUAAGACAAUCCAUGCAGAGUCAAAGGCCAAGAGUCGGCAGCUGGUGAUAGACAGCGUGGAGAAGAGGGAUGCUGGAGAGUACAUCUGUGAGGCUGGGACUGAGAAGUUGACCUUCAAGAUACAGGUGGCAGAAACCCUAGCUGGCUUCUCGAAUAAGGAGUCAGUCCAGAAGGAGGUGAAAGCCACACUCUCCCAGAAAGCCACUUUGAGCUGUGAGGUUUCUGAUUCCAAGACAGAGGUGAAAUGGUACAAGGAUGGCAAGCUGCUGACUUCCAGCAAAGCAGUUCACAUGGAGUCAAAGGGCAAGAGUCGUGAGUUGGUGAUUGAAAAAAUGGAGAAAAAAGAUGCUGGAGAAUACACCUGUGAGGCUGGAACAGAGAAGCUGGUAUUUAAGCUGCAAAUGACAGAAGCAGCUGUCAAGUUCCAGAAGAAGUCCAUCAAGGACACAUAUACUGUUCAAGCAAGUGAAAACAUUGUUUUGACCAUUUUGCUGACCACAGAGAGUGGUAGUGUGAAGUGGUUUAGAGAUGGUGUGGAGGUCAAGGAGAGCAGCAAGUAUGAAAUGAAAAAAGAUGGCCGUUCUCGUACCCUGAUAGUAAAAUCCACCGAAGCCAAAGACAGUGGAACAUACUCCUGUCAAACUGCUAAUGACAAACUGGAGUUCAAAGUUCAGGUUAAAGAAUUAGCUUUGAAGUUUGUUGUACCCUUGAAAUCUGUUGAUGUGGAGUUGGGAGGUACAAUUAGCCUGAUGUGUGAACUAAAUCAAGCCUCAGGGGAUGUUGUCUGGCACCAUGAUGGUCGUGAGAUUAAACCUGGAGGCAGGUUUUGUGUCAGGACAGAUGGUGCUAAGCGGGUUCUCACUGUGACUGGCAUGUCUAAGGAAGAUGAAGGAGAAUACAGCUGUGAAUGUCGAAAUGAUAAGACCUCUGCUAAAGUUUCCUCCAAAGCACCCAGACUAGUGAGGCUGACCACCAAACUCAACAAUGUGGUUGCAAUGGAGGGAAAAGACGCAAUUUUCAAGUGCGCUGCCACCCCAGCAGACGUCAGCAUUAAGUGGUUCCACAAGAAUAUACCCAUCACUGCUGGGCCUAAGUAUAAGAUUGAGCAUGGUGGCAACACUCACUCACUCACCAUCAGCGCUGUCACCCAAAAAGAUGCUGGAGAGAUUAGUGUUGAUGCAGAAGGCAAAAGCUGCAAAGCUACCUUACAAGUGCAACAUGAGCCAGUGACAUUCAAGAAAAAGCUAGAAAACCUGACAGUGGAGGAGCAGAGUGAAGUGAAGCUGGAGGUGGAGCUCAGUCAGGCAUCCGAUGAAGUCAGGUGGAUGAAGAACAGCGUAGUGCUGCAGCCUGCGGGAAACCUGGAGAUUCGGGUAGAUGGAGUCAAGCAGACUCUGGUCUUCAGGAGUGUGACCUCUGCUGACCGUGGGAUCUACUCCUGUGAAACUCUGGAUGACAAGACCCAGGCCAAACUCAGUGUUGAGAUGAAGAAGAUCCAGGUAAUUAAGGGCCUAACAGAAACCAAGGCACAUGAGACAGAGACAGUAACACUUGAGGUAGAACUCAGCCAGGCUGAUGUCGAAGGCUCCUGGACCAGGGAUGGAGCCAAGUUAAAGUCAGGGGCGACCUGUCGUAUCACAGCUCUGGCAAAGAAGCACGCCCUUACAUUGUCCAAUCUCAAGAGGGAGGAUGCAGGAACUAUUGCAUUCCAGGCAGAUGGUGUCCAUACUUCUGGCAAACUGAUUGUCACAGAACCGCCUGCUAUGAUCUCCAAGCCCAUUAUGGAUAUCAGUGUUCCUGAGAAGGAGAAGGUUACUUUUGAAUGUGAAGUGUCCAGAACAAAUGCAGAUGUUAAAUGGUUCAAGAAUGAUGUGGAACUGAAACCAGGGAAAAACUUUAGCAUCCAUUCCUUGGGCCGAAAGCGCACUUUGGUCAUCAGCAAGUGCACCCCUGACGAUACAGGCACUUACAUCUGCCGCACUACUGAUGAUAACACCUCUGCCAAGCUCGCUGUUCAUGCCAGAGAUAUCAAGAUCAUUAAGAAACUGGAAGAUGUGGAGGUGAUGGAGAAGGAAAGUGCUACAUUUGUCUGUGAAAUUUCACAUGAUGAAGUGGACUGUCAGUGGUACAAAGGAAGUACUAAACUCAAAGUCGUUGGCAAUAUCAAGAUGAGACAAGAGGGCCGAACAUAUGUACUGCUGUUUAAGUCCGUUUCCCCAGAGGAUAUGGGCGAGAUUAAAUUCACAGCUGAGAAGGCCUCUUCAACUGCAAAACUUAAAGUGAAAGAGCUGCCUGUCAAGUUUGUGAAGCGACUCAGGGAUAAGAUAGCGAUGUAUAAGCAUCGUGGUCAUCUUGAAUGCCAAGUGUCACGUGCCAGUGCGAUGGUGAAGUGGUACAAGAACAAGAUGGAGAUCAAACCCAGCAAGAAGUACGAGAUCAAAAGUGAGGAUGUGUACCGAAAACUCACCAUCAAUGAGGUCGAGUCCGGGGACGAAGACACAUAUACCUGUGACGCCUCUGAUGACAAGACAUCCUGUAAACUGCUUGUAGAAGAGCAGUCCAUCAGCAUUGUGCGGGAGCUUAGUUCAGUAGAAGUGACAGAACCCUUUGCAGCUGUUUUUGAAGUUGAAAUCAGUAUGGAACUGGUGAAACCUCCUGUAUGGACUCUGAAUGGAGUUGCUGUGCAGGAGAGUGCUGAUGCUGAAAUGGAGAAAGAGGGCACUAUGCACCGUCUCACUUUCAAAAAGACCAAAGAAUCGAUGACAGGACCUGUGCAGUUUACAGCUGGGAAGAGCAAAUCUCUUGCCCAGCUCACAGUCAAAGAGCGUCCGCUUGAGAUUGCAGAGCCCAUGAAAGAUGUGAAGGCGAAGGAGAAAAGCUCAGCCAUACUCUCGUGCAAGUUCUCCGCAUCACCCAAAGAGGUUAAAUGGUUUAAAGGUCAGGAACCUCUGGCAGCAUCAGACAAGUAUAACAUGAAGCAAGACGCUACGAGGGCUCAACUAACCAUUCAAAAGUUAACUGGGGAAGACAGCGGAGAGUACCGCUGUCAAUCUGGACCUGCUGAGACCAAAGGCACACUUACUGUUGAAGUGCGUGAAAUUAAAUUCACCAAGCAUUUGGCUGACACGGAGGUUGAUGAAGACAGCGAUGCAGUGUUCACAUGUGAGAUAAACUAUGCAGACGAAGAGGCACAGUGGCUUCUAAAUGACAAGGUGCUCUUCACUAAUGAAGUCAACACCAUCACUCAUGAGGGGAAGGUUCACAAGCUCAUGCUGAAGAACUUGGCACCUAAGGAUGGGGGGACUAUCACCUUUCAAGUACGCAAGGUGAAAGAGUCUGUUACGCUUAAAGUUAAAGAGAAGCGUGCUGUGUUCCUCAAGUCUUUAGAUGAUGUCAUUGGAGAGGAGAAAGGCAUGAUAACUUUGGCGUGUGAGGCGUCCAAGCCCAGGGUUACUCCCACAUGGAGAAAAGAAGGUAAAGUCUUGAAGGCCGGACCAAAGUAUGAGCUCCUUCACACAGGCAAGUCUUUGGGACUGAUCAUCAAGGACGUCACCAAAGAUGAUGCUGGGGAGUACAGUUGUGAUCUUGGAACUGAGGUUUCAAAAGCAAAAGUCACUGUGAGAGAGAUCGGCAUUGGAAUUACCAAAUGGCUGAAGUCAGCUGAGGUGAAUGAGGGAGAGACAUGCAGCUUUGAGUGCAUCCUGUCCCGUGAGAGCACAGAUGAGUGCUCAUGGACUGUUAAUGGCCAAACCAUUUCAAAAGGAGGCCGUUUUGAAGUCACCAGCAAAGGCCGCAAGUACAUACUAACCAUUAAGGAUGUCACACCUGCUGAUGCUGGUGAGGUAGUCUUCAACAUUAAAGACCUGAGCUCUAAAGCAACAUUAACAGUUGAAGGCAAAGCUUCAUCUGUGUCCAAAGCACUGCAGAACGUUAGUGCUGUUCAAGGGGAGGAUGCAGUAUUUACCUGUGAGGUGACACAGGCUAGUUCCACUGUAAAGUGGGCCAAGGAAGGCAAAGCCAUUAGAAAGAGCCAGAGGUAUGACAUCAGCCAAGAGGAUAAGGUCAUGAAGCUCAUCAUCCAUAAUGUCUCUGCUCAAGACUCUGGAGAGUACAGCUGUGAAGUUGUUGGAGGUGCAACCACCAAAGCCCAACUUGAAAUAAAGGAGCCAGUCCAUAAGUUCACUGAAGCACUGAAGGACAGCCAAGCAGAUGAGAAGAGCUCUGUGACCCUGCAGUGUGCAACGGCUCAAACCCCAUCCACCGUGAUAUGGCUGAAAGGUCACACAGAGCUCAAGGCUGGAGGUCGAUAUGAGAUGUCCCAGAAAGAGAGGGUCUUAACUCUCACCAUCAAACACUUGGAGGAGAAAGACACCGAUAUCUACACUUGUGACGUGGGCACUGCUAAGACCAUAGCAAAGGUGACAAUUAAAGCCCUGCCAGCCAGUUUCAAAGAAAAACUCAAGAACCAGGAUAGAAAAGAAGGGGAGAGUGUGACACUGUCUUGCGCGUUAUCAAAACCUGCGGCUAACGUUCAGUGGAAGAAAGGCUCUGAAAUCCUCGAAGGUGGAGAGAAGUAUGAGAUGAAGCAGAAGGACACCUGUUUGGAACUUCAAAUUAAGGAUUUGAAGGUUGAAGAUAGUGGAGAGUACUCUUGUGUCUGUGGAGACCAGAAGACAGCUGCAACUGUGAAAGUCAAUGCAUUACCGCCGACCUUCACACAGAAACUGAAGAGCCAGGAGGCCGAAGAGGGAGUCAGCAUUACUCUGCAGUGUGAGCUCUCUAAACCCGGAGUCCCAGUGGAGUGGAAGAAGGGAACACAGGUCCUGAAGUCUGGAGAAAAAUACCAGAUGAAGCAGAAAGCCUCUGUGAAUGAACUCCUGAUCAACAAGGUGGUGCCAGAAGACAGCGGAGACUACAGCUGUGUGUGUGGAGACCAGAAGACCACAGCCAGCCUCAAGAUCAAUGCCCAACCAGUGACCUUCAAACACAAGAUGGAGAGUCAGGAAGCCGAGGAGGGAGCCGGCGUUACUCUGCAGUGUGAGCUCUCUAAACCUGGAGUCCCAGUGGAGUGGAAGAAGGGAACACAGGUCCUGAAGUCUGGAGAAAAAUACCAGAUGAAGCAGAAAGCCUCUGUGAAUGAACUCCUGAUCAACAAGGUGGUGCCAGAAGACAGUGGAGACUACAGCUGUGUGUGUGGAGACCAGAAGACCACAGCCAGCCUCAAGAUCAAUGCCCAACCAGUGACCUUCAAACACAAGUUGGGGAGUCAGGAAGCCGAGGAGGGAGCCGGCGUUACUCUGCAGUGUGAGCUCUCUAAACCUGGAGUCCCAGUGGAGUGGAAGAAGGGAGCACAGGUCCUGAAGUCUGGAGAAAAAUAUCAGAUGAAGCAGAAAGCCUCUGUGAAUGAACUCCUGAUCAACAAGGUGGUGCCAGAAGACAGUGGAGACUACAGCUGUGUGUGUGGAGACCAGAAGACCACAGCCAGCCUCAAGAUCAAUGCCCAACCAGUGACCUUCAAACACAAGUUGGAGAGUCAGGAAGCCGAGGAGGGAGCCGGCGUUACUCUGCAGUGUGAGCUCUCUAAACCUGGAGUCCCAGUGGAGUGGAAGAAGGGAACACAGGUCCUGAAGUCUGGAGAAAAAUACCAGAUGAAGCAGAAAGCCUCUGUGAAUGAACUCCUGAUCAACAAGGUGGUGCCAGAAGACAGUGGAGACUACAGCUGUGUGUGUGGAGACCAGAAGACCACAGCCAGCCUCAAGAUCAAUGCCCAACCAGUGACCUUCAAACACAAGAUGGAGAGUCAGGAAGCCGAGGAGGGAGCCGGCGUUACUCUGCAGUGUGAGCUCUCUAAACCUGGAGUCCCAGUGGAGUGGAAGAAGGGAACACAGGUCCUGAAGUCUGGAGAAAAAUAUCAGAUGAAGCAGAAAGCCUCUGUGAAUGAACUCCUGAUCAACAAGGUGGUGCCAGAAGACAGUGGAGACUACAGCUGUGUGUGUGGAGACCAGAAGACCACAGCCAGCCUCAAGAUCAAUGCCCAACCAGUGACCUUCCAACACAAGUUGGAGAGUCAGGAAGCCGAGGAGGGAGCCGGCGUUUACUCUGCUAGUUGUGAGCUCUCUAAACUGGAGUCCCAAGUGGUGCCAGAAGACAGUGGAGACUACAGCUGUGUGUGUGGAGACCAGAAGACCACAGCCAGCCUCAAGAUCAAGGCCCAACCAGUGACCUUCAAACACAAGUUGGAGAGUCAGGAAGCUGAGGAGGGAGCCGGCGUUACUCUGCAGUGUGAGCUCUCUAAACCUGGAGUCCCAGUGGAGUGGAAGAAGGGAGCACAGGUCCUGAAGUCUGGAGAAAAAUACCAGAUGAAGCAGAAAGCCUCUGUGAAUGAACUCCUGAUCAACAAGGUGGUGCCAGAAGACAGUGGAGACUACAGCUGUGUGUGUGGAGACCAGAAGACCACAGCCAGCCUCAAGAUCAAUGCCCAACCAGUGACCUUCAAACACAAGAUGGAGAGUCAGGAAGCCGAGGAGGGAGCCGGCGUUACUCUGCAGUGUGAGCUCUCUAAACCUGGAGUCCCAGUGGAGUGGAAGAAGGGAACACAGGUCCUGAAGUCUGGAGAAAAAUAUCAGAUGAAGCAGAAAGCCUCUGUGAAUGAACUCCUGAUCAACAAGGUGGUGCCAGAAGACAGUGGAGACUACAGCUGUGUGUGUGGAGACCAGAAGACCACAGCCAGCCUCAAGAUCAAUGCUGUGAAGCUGUCAGCUCCUCCUUCAGCUGCUGUACUGGAAUCUAAAAGGCAGGAGACCAAGGGAACAAUGGAAGCCAAGACCCCUGAAGCUUCAUCCAUAGCUGCUAAAGACAAGCACAACAGGCAGGAGAUAUAUGAAACAGUAGAAGCUGUAACUCUGCCAACCACUGGACAGACUCCUGAACAGCAGCUCCUCAAACAGGAGACUCAGAGAGAUUCGCAACAGCUGAAAGUGGGAGGUGAAGUUAAGAAGACUGAUCCUGGAAUAUCUGUCAAACAAGACACCCAGAAGCAGGGGACCAAAGGGCCGAAAGAAGUUCUUCCGGUCAUAGUCAUUCGAGACCUAGAGAGCCAGGAGGCUGAGGAGGGAGGUAGUGUUACUCUGCAAUGUGAGCUUUCUAAACCUGGACUUGCUGUCGAAUGGAAGAAGGGAACUCAAGUCCUGAGUUUUGGAGAAAAGUACCAGAUGAGACAAACAGGAUUCAGUUAUAAACUCCAGAUCCACGAUUUGACACCUGGAGACACAGGAAACUACUCAUGCUCUUCAGAGGACACAAUAAGCUCAGCCUCUCUUGCAGUAAAUGCUGCCCCAGUCAUAUUUACAAAAGAGCUGGAAAGCCUAACGGCUAACGAGGGGGACAGUGUCACCCUGCACUCCCAGCCUGUCCUUUUCAAAACCCAGCUGCAGAACCUUGAAAGACAGGCAGGGGAGACUGCUAGUCUUCGCUGUGAGACCACAAAACCAGGAGCCAGCGUGGUCUGGAGGUGUGGUGACAGUGUGCUUGAAUCCAGCAGCAGGUAUCAACUGAAACAGGAAGGGACUGUAGUCGAGCUUGUCAUCUACAAACUGCAGGCAGCUGACUCAGGAGAAUACUCCUGUGAUACUGGCAGCCAGAGGACUUCAGCUGUCCUCACUGUGCAGGAGGUCGAGGUGAACAUACUGAAAUUCUUGGAGAGCUGCGUUGUGUAUGAGGGUGAAGAUGUCCGCUUUGAGUGUCUGGUUUCUCAUGAGGAGGCACCACUGGCCCAGUGGAAACUCCAGGACGUCCCACUGCAGAAUAAUGAAAUGAAUCUAAUCAAGACUGAGGGUCAAGUGCAUAGCCUCACACUCAGAGGUGUCACCACAGCUGACUCAGGAACAGUCACUUUCACAGUGGGAAACAAUACUUCCACUGCUUCUCUAACAGUCAGAGCAGCUGCACCAGUGUUAUUCAAGAAGGAGCUGGAAAGCCAAGAGGCCACCGAAGGAGGCAAAGCCACCCUGUCCUGCGAGACAUCCAGCCCUGACUGCAAGGUGACCUGGCGGAAGGGCUCAACUGUGCUCACCCAUGGCGAGAAGUACACCAUGGAGCAGAGAGCUACCACUCACACCCUGGUUAUACACAAGCUGAAUGUGGAGGAUAGUGGAGAAUAUAGCAGUGAUACAGGCGACAAGAGAAGCACUGCUGCACUGACUGUGAAAGGUGCUCCAGUGUUCUUCCAGAAAGAGCUAAAGAACCAAGACGCAAUAGAGGGUGAUGAUAUCACCCUGUGCUGUGAGCUGUCUAAGCCAAGUGUUCGUGUUGAGUGGAGGAAAGGAGGCAUGGUCCUCCAGGCCGGUAAGAAGUAUGAGAUGAGGCAGGAAAGGUGCAUUCAAGAGCUGUGUAUACGGAACCUGGAGCCUGAGGACAGUGGCUACUACACCUGUGACGCAGGAGACCAGCUCACUACAGCUUCUUUGGCAGUGCAAGUGAAAGAAGUCUUCAUUGUUUCUGGUCUUAAGACCAUCGACGUCUUUGUUGGGGAAUGGGCAACCUUCUCCUGUCAGCUGUCUGGUAGGACACCUGGCAAGGUGCAGUGGUGGCUGGAUGGUACCUUGCUGGAGAACAGCCCUUUUAGUGAGAUAGGGCUGAGCCAGAGCCACAUCUACACACUCACCUUAAAGAACCUGGCUACAGAUGACUCUGGCACUGUCACGUUCAAAGCUGGAAGUUUAACAUCAACUGCCAAGCUCUUAGUCAAAGAUCCCACAGUUGAAGUGGUGAGCGAGAUGGAGGACCUUCGGGUGGUCGAAAACCAACCGGCUGAGUUCAUCUGCCAGUACUCAAGGCCAGUCAAGGCUCAGUGGAAGAAAGACGGGCAGCCAUUGCAGCCUGAUGGUCGAAGGGUGGUAGUGGAGCAGGACUGGAAUGUGGCUCGGUUGUACAUUAGCUGUGUGUCCGCUGAGGACAGGGGCACAUACUCCUGUGAGGCACAGGGGACCUGUGUGGUUGCUUCACUUCAUGUGGAAGGCAAGCCCAUUAACAUUGUUCAGGGCCUGGAGAAUAUGGAAACCUUUGAUGGAGGUGAAGCACUGUUUGAGUGUGCCCUCUCUCGUCCUGAGAACAAAGAUUGCAGCUGGCUUCUUGAUGGCAAACCAGUGAAGGACUCUCCUAAUGCUGAGAUUGUUUCAUUUGAGAGUGGUCUUCGUCAUCUGCUCCUGCUGAAAGAGUUGCGUGUUAAAGACAGUUGCACAGUGACCUUCAAAGCUGGCACAGCAUCCUCAUCUGCCCAACUCUCUGUCAAGGGAUGGCAGCUGGAUGUUGUGAAGGGUCUGGAAGACAAAGUGGCUGCAGUGGGAGAGAAGGUUGAGUUUUGUGUUCAGCUGACUGAGCCUGUCCCUGUGACAGAAAUAGCUUGGUAUGCUAAUGGAGUUGAGCUCAAGCCCAGCGAUCUCUGGGCUAUGCGGGCUGAUGGCUGUUCUUAUCGCCUCGUCCUGAGACAGGCACCACUUUUGCCCCAACAGGAAAUUACAUUUGCUGCUAGAGAUGCUCUCUCUUUGGCCAAGCUCUCCAUCAUCACUGUACCUGAUCCCCCAGAGGACGCAGAGGUCCUCAGUAAGACGGAACAGUCAGUUUCCCUUUCAUGGUUCACUCCACUACAUGAUGGAGGGAGUCCCAUUCUGGGCUACAGGGUGGAGAUGCGGCUGGUAGACAGUGCCCUCUGGCUUCCAUGUCAUUCUGAACCUGUGUGUAACACAGAGUUUGUGGUUGAAAAUCUUACCCCAGGGGGCGGCUACAGGUUUAGAGUGGCAGCCAUCAACAGAGCAGGGACUGGAGAGCCUGUUGAGCUGCCUCAGACUCUACAGCUUGAGGCACCUGUGCAGUCACUAAUUUGCCAAGGUACAGAGGCAAAACAGGGGGAGGAACUGGGGCAGCCCAGUCUGCCUCCAGAAGCUGCUGAUGAAGGUGAUGUUCAUGAACUCUGGGAGGCUUCAGCUAAGAAACGGCGCAUGAGUCGAGAGCCAACUCUGGACUCCAUCACUGAACAACCUGAGGAGGAUGGUAAAAACAAAUCAAGAGAGAAGGAGCUGAAGUCCUCAGAGAAAGCAGAAAUAAAAUCAGAAGAGAAGGAGCAGGCCAUUGUGUCUAAGAAGCAGACCAAUUUGUGCAUCAGCUCUGAGGACGAAUCUGUUUCUGGGGGUCAGACGCUUGUGUCCUACCUCAAGAAGAGCAGUAAAUCUACCGUCACAGAGGCCAAGCAGAAAACAGUGCAGCAAACUGAAGUGAAAACAACCACAACUCAGGAGACAGAUAAAACACAGGUGUCUACAGAGGAGACUGACAUAGUGGAGAUCAGUAAAGAAGAUGAGCCUGAGCUCCGAGAUGCUGCAAUUAAGAUUCAAGCUGCAUUCAAGGGCUACAAGGCCCGCAAGGACAUGCGUCCUGUCUUCAAAGAUGUCUUCAAAGACCAGACCAAAGAACCUAAUGGCACCAUACAUCUGGAAUGUGUGGCAGAAGGGAAACCUGAUAAGGUGCGUUGGCUGAAGGAUGGAGAACCACUGACAGAUGGCAAGCACCACCAUAUCGAUAUCUACAAUGAUGGUACUUGCUCACUGGUCAUCACCGCCAUCACCACAAAGGAUACCGGGGUUUACACUUGUGAGGUCACCAACAAGUUUGGAGUUACUUCUCACAGUGGUAAGGUGACAGUAGGAACAGUGAGAGAAUCAUCUGGGCGACGGCCCCUGACGGUGGGCUACAGUGCAGACAGUGAGCCCGAGAGCUCCUCAGGUAGUGAGAUGGAUGAGUCACUGAGGAUGGCAAGCAGACGUCUCCGGCGCCUGUUGCGCACACGUCUCCCACCAGAUGUUGCGGAAGAACCAUUCGUCAGCGCAGAUGAAGGAGACCUGCCCCCCCCAGAUCCUCACUCUUAUCGUGAGGAUGACAGUUACAUCUACAUUCGCUUUGAGUCACGGACAGAGGCUGAAGUUGCCUCUAAGAGGUUCCAGGAGAUGUUUACAAUUCAUGGCGUUCCUGUAGAGACUGCCAUCCUUGAGGCAGGGCUUCACAAAGUUGAGCUGCGAAUUAGAAAGAUGGGCUACAUACAGGAUGGCACACAGACCCCCACACAAGAUAGACAGCCUCCUGCAUUCAUGACGGGAGCCCCAGCUGCCCCAGUCUUCUUGACAGAGCUGCAGAGCCAGGACGUUCCAGAUGGCUAUCCAGUCAGCUUUGACUGUGUUGUGAUUGGCAAGCCCCCUCCAACUGUUCGCUGGUUUAAGGAUGGCAAAUUGCUGGAGGAGAAUGACCAUUACAUGAUCAAUGAAGACCUGGAGGGCUGCCACCAACUGAUCAUUACCACCGUGCUGCCCACUGACAUGGGUGUCUAUCGCUGCACAGCUGAAAACAGCAGCGGCAUCGCAGCCACGAAGGCUGAACUCAGGGUUGACAUGUCUUGCAGCUCAGAUUAUGACACUGCUGCUGAUGCUACUGAGACAUCUUCCUAUGUCAGUGCCAAGGGCUACAUGUCCAGGGAAACUGAGACCUUUGAGUCUGUGGCUGAAGAUGAUCAGCUACCACAAGUUGUGGAGGAGCUUCAUGAUGUUCAUGUUAGUCCAGGUUCCCCUAUUGCUAAAAUGCAAGUCAGAGUAAAGGGCUUCCCCAAACCCAGAGUAUACUGGUUCAAAGACGGCCACCCUCUGCGGCCCUCGGAAAGGAUUCUGUUACUAACCGAGAGAGAUGUUCACGGCUUGGAGAUUCUGGGGGUGAAGAAAGACGAUAUGGGAGAGUACUCUGCUUACAUCAGCAAUGCAGCUGGGUCUGCUUACUCCUCUGCCCGACUGAUAGUUCUGCACCCCAAGGAACCCCUUGUGCCACCACGCUUCCUUGAAAGGUUCAGCAACAGGAAGGUGAAACAAGGAGCAAGCAUCACUCUAUCGGUCAAAGUAGAAGGGUCCCCCACUCCUAUGGUCUCCUGGCUAAAGGAGGAAUCACUGGAAGAUGUCCUGUGGAUCAAACCUGAUACCAAGGGAUACAAAAUAGCAAGCUCUGGACGCCAGCACAGCCUCAUCUUGAUGGAUGUGGGCACAGAGUACACUGGUGCCUACACCUGUAUUGCUACAAAUAGAGCAGGACAGUCCAUCUGCACUGCCCACCUCGAGGUGGAUGACACACCACAACCAAAGAAAGAGACCAAACCUUUAGAGGUUCUUGGGAUUACAGUUAGUCCUCCAGAGGAUGAGACUAGCACUGGAAAAGAGGGUAAAAUACCCUAUCUAGGUGAAGUAGGUACAGAGGAAUUCCUCAUGAAACUCACCUCCCAGAUCACUGAAAUGGUAUCAGCAAAGAUCACCCAGGCUUCAUUACGCGUACCUGGUGUUGACAGUGAUGAUGAGACCAAGACUCCUUCUCCAUCACCUCAUCACGGUCGCUCUCGUCCUCCUUCCCUCAUUGCUGACUCCUCCUCGGAGUCUGAUGAGGGGGAUGCCAGGGGAGAGAUGUUUGACAUCUAUGUGGCAACGGCUGACUACAACCCCACUGUGGCAAGCAAAGAAUCUAUCUCUCUGAAGGAAGGACAGUAUGUUGAGGUUUUGGACUCAGCCCAUCCACUCAAAUGGUUAGUCCGGACCAAACCGACCAAAACCACACCAUCCCGCCAAGGCUGGGUCUCACCUGCCUACUUGGACAAGAAACUCAAACUCUCAGCUGAAACGGGUGACCUUCCAGAGGCAAGUGUAGAGGAGGUGUCAGAGGGUGAAUACAAGAGGAAAUUAUUCCAAAUGUUACAGGACCUGAUAAAUGGUGAAUCAGAGUUUGUAAAGGAGAUAGACUUCUUUACCUCCCAUCACCUGAAGCAUGCAGACAGCUCUGAUGUGCCGCCUGAUGUCAGCACCCAAAAGGAAACCAUUUUCAGGAACAUUGAUGACAUCAAGUCCUUCCAUAGCAAGGCAUUCCUCCCGAAGCUGAACGACUGCGACACAGAUGAUGAUGUAGCCAUGUGCUUCCUGAAGAACAAGGAGGGCUUUGAGAAGUACCUGCAGUAUCUUGUUGGUCAAAGUCAGGCAGAAUCUGCUGUCAGUGACAAGACUGUCCACCACUUCUUCAAGGAGUACACUGAGAAAGCACAGGCUAGUGCAGACCCUGCUGAUCCCCCUGUACGCAGCAUCAAUGCCUACCUCCAACAACCACUGGACAGGAUUCAGAAGUACAAGGCUUUCCUCAAGGAGCUCAUUCGAAACAAGGCGAGAAAUGGUCAGAACUGCUGCCUCCUGGAAGAAGCUUAUGCUAUGGUGUCUGCGCUCCCUCAACGCUCUGAGAAUACUCACCAUGUCUCCAUGAUCGAGAACUAUCCUGCCACACUGGAAGUACUCGGAGAGCCAAUUAGACAGGGACCUUUCCAAGUGUGGGAAGGAGCUCCUGGAAUAAGGACGUCCUCUAGAGGUCACCACCGCCACGUCUUCCUCUUUAAGAACUACUGCAUAAUCUGCAAACCUAAGAGAGACAGCAACACUGAUACACAAACAUAUGUCUUUAAGAGCAUGAUGAAGCUGAAUAACAUUGAUGUGAACGAGACAGUUGAGGGUGAUGACCGUGCCUUUGAAAUCUGGCAUGAACGUGAGGACUCUGUGAGGAAAUACACCUUACAGGCCCGAACCAUCACCAUCAAGAACUCAUGGUUGAGAGAUUUCAGAGAACUGCAGCAGCGAUAUGUCACGCCUGCAUGGAGUCCCCCUGACUUUGAGGAAAUUCUGGCAAACUGCACAGCAGAGCUGGGACAGACUGUUAAGCUGGCCUGCAAAGUCACUGGAGUCCCCAAACCUGUGGUCACGUGGUACAAGGAUGGACGUACAGUGGAGGCAGAUCCUCAUCACAUCAUCAUCGAGGACCCUGAUGGUUCCUGCACGCUGAUCCUGGACAACAUGACAGCAGAUGAUUCUGGCCAGUACAUGUGCUUUGCCACAAGCUCAGCUGGCAAUGCCAGCACUCUUGGAAAGAUCACAGUUCAGGUACCUCCUCGUUUUGUGAAUAAAAUGAGGAAUGCUGUCUUUAUUGCUGGUGAGGAUGCGCAGUUCACCUGUGUCAUUCAGAGCGCCCCCAGCCCCAAGAUCAGAUGGUUCAAAGAUGGCAGGCUGCUGACUGACCAGGAAAAGUAUCAGACCUACAGUGAGCUCCGCAGUGGGGUUCUGGUCUUGGUAAUAAAAAACCUGACAGAGAGAGACUUCGGACACUACGAGUGUGAGCUGUCCAACCGUCUGGGCAGUGCCAAGUGUGCUGCUGAUCUAGUCCUACCCUCUGCUGUGGCUCGCACUGGUGAACAGGCCAUCACUAUUGAAGUUACCGAGCAGGAGACUAAAAUACCAAGGAAAACCAUCAUUAUCGAGGAGACUAUAACCACUGUGGUGAAAAACCCUCGUAUGAGGAGGCACAGAUCCCCCGGCUUGACUGUUGCUGGAGCCCACCGCUCUGAGACUUCCACCCCAGAGCCUGCCACCGCCAGGCUCAGGAGGAUGCCCACUCCAAGAAAGACCGCUAUCCCUACCCUCUAUGUCACCGAGCCCGAGGGUGCUGAGGCCAGGGCUAUGGAGAGCAAACCCAGGUGGGUUGAAGUAGAGGAGGUCAUCGAGUACAAGGUCAAUAAAUCUCCCAGGCUGCCCAGGAGGAGAGGCAUCUCACCUGCAGCAUCUGAUCGCGCAGCCACUCCCUCCAGACCCAAAAGGUCUCCACCGGAAAACCCAAACGCUAACAAUUCUAACAACAAGCUAGUGGAGCAGGCUCAGGCCCAGCUGCCUGGAGACGUCAGCAGCCAGCCGCUCUCCUGGGAAGAAGAGGAGGGCAAUGCUCCCUCUGGUUCUGCCACUGUAGAGCCACAUGAGCUCUCAACUGUCCUCACUCCAGCUGGAGAGGACAACGAUGACCUGGAUGAUCAACAAACUGUCAUCUUUGAACCUGAUGAUGAAGAUAAUGAUCAUGAUCUGUUCAGAAAGCAGGAACCUAAGAUCCUGAAACAAGGAGAUCGUGUUUUGACCCUCGAGGACUUGGAGGACUAUGUUCCAGAAGAAGGAGAGACCUAUGGCUCCUCCAACGUUAUCACUGAAAAGCCUUGUGAGAUCUCUGUGCUCCAGAGGGAGAUCGGUGGGUCCACGGUGGGACAGCCUGUGCUCCUGAACGUGGGGCGGCCUGUCGUGGCGCCGAGGCAGAGGAGCAGCUUCUUCAGUCGCUUCAAGGAGCACCUCUCUAGCAGUCUUUUCUCAUCCACUGUCCCUCAAGCCGGCGGAGCACGGUCCAGUACGGAGAGGCACGUGCCCAUCCAAGUGAGCCACGCAAAGCUCGAAGUGAAGCCUUCCUACUGCUCAGAGGUGCAGAGAGUUGAAGGUGGGCAGCAGAGCUUUAAAACCAAAGUGUCAACUCAGACUUACGGCUACACAUCAGUGGGAAACCCAGUCACUCUUCAAAUUAGAGAUAACCUUUAUCAGAACCAAUAGAUGCAAACAUUUUUAAUUUGGUACCACAAACCCUCUUAGUCUUAAAUGGGGACAUUUCUACUUACAUGAUGAAAAAGAACUUAUCCUAACCUCAAGUAUCUUUUCUGCACUUGACAGACCAUUCCAUUUUGAAGCUUCCCAUCUGAAAGUGGACUCAUCCUCUGAGUCUUUUUCUUUUUUUGUCAAAUGGUUAGAGUCGCCUGGUCUCUUUAGACUAGGCGAGUUGGAAUGUCACUGUAAGCAGGUUUCAGUCCCAUGCCAUCCCGUUACAACUGCUAUAUUGUCAUGUAUAUGUGUUGUACAAUGCACAUGAUAGACAGAAGCUACGAAACUAAGGUUUGACAUUUUACUGACACUUUCAUUGUCUUUUGUUGAGCUGAAUUAAUUUCAUCACAUUUCACUUAUACAUACCUUCACUAAUUCAUGAACCUUGACCCACUAUUAUUAACUGAUCCAGGCAUUAUCUUUAGUGAUCUCUCUUGUCAUAUUCAUAAACAAAAUAGUUAUACAAUAGAUAUUUAGAUAUACAUAUUUUUUCGGUUUUACUUUUGUACCUUUUCAAGAAAUGUUGCCUUUUGCACUUUUGCAGUGCCUUGGAUUGUUGGAUCAGCAAAUGUUGGAGUUAAAGACUAUUGAUGAGGUCAUGACUGCAUGUUUCUAUUUCAGUAUUACUGUAAGUUAACUUAAAUGUGCAGCACUGAUUAUGUAAAACCAACAGAACUCUGGUGACUGUUGGGCUGUUGUCUAAGUUGAAUCAAAGAUGUACGAUCAAAUUAUCGUCAGUUUGGUAAAAUCGGACAGAAGUUCUCUACUACUUUUGUUAUUUGUGAAUGAUUUCUUGGUGAGCAGCUUUUACAAAUGUGACAUUGCUUCAAGCAAAUCAUUUGGUAGGUGAACUGACGACCUGUUUCACAACAGAUCUGUGUUUGACUGCAUCCGUUUGCAGAUGUGCCUACAAUUGUGAAUUCAACGUUAUACUCAAGAGUUUUAGACAUUUUGACAUCUGUUAAUGCAGUGCAACGACCUGUGAACUCACAGGGUGACGCAGGGAUAUUCAUGAGUAUGUGAUAUUUAGAUGAGUGACUGCAUGUAUUUGCUUUUCCAAAGGAGAUGUGUUUAUCCAAAGUAACCUGACCUGUCAUGUCAUAUUUGAUUAUGAGCAAAUGUUUGUGCAAAAUACUUGAGCUCAGAAUUUACUACCUUUUCAAUGCAAUUUAGAAUGUGACUAGAAUAACUGCCUCUUUAGAGAUGUGUGGUGUUGGUGUUGUUUAAAGGUGUUCUAGUUAGCUACAAGGAUCAUGUUAUGUAAUAAUAUCAAAGGCACUAACAGAUUUUAAUUGCUUGUACUUUACAUGUGUAGUUUUUGGAAACAUGAGAUACUCAGUGUUAAAUCAGAAUAAAUAAAUGUACUGC